CUGGUGAAGAGCACAUGGAAAGAGCUUGUUUUGUGAGAUGACUUGAGACAUGCAAUGGAAAUGAUUUCAAGAGAGCUUCAUCGUGGAACACCCUUGCCGCUUUUGCAUGGUGAAAAAGAGUGAAAUUCAACAGAAAGACGUACUGUCAGGAAGAUUUGAACCCAGGACAAAGGUGAAUCAUGACAGGUUCACAGAACGCAAUGGAGACAAGAACUAUACUUAGAGUGAUAGUGAAUGAAAAUGACAUACGGAAAAUCACACUGCAUAGUAAACCACAAACUUUGGAGACAUUGAUGGAGCAUCUUGAAGAGAAGUUGGGUCUUCCAUACAAGUUUUCUCUUCAGUACGAAGAUGCUGAUUUUAACAAUGCACUAAUUAACCUCACAGACAUUGCAGAUUUACCUGAGAGGCCCACCUUAAAGGUGAUCUCUCUUGUACCAUCUCCUACAGCAAGUACAGCUGACACAGACAUUGUAUCUUUGUCUUCUGAAGAAGGGUCAUCUCAUGUACGCCAGGCUCAGUGGCCAGAGACAUUUGAAGUCCCCAAUUUUCCUGUAGAUAUUGAGUUCCGAUUGCGCCAAGGAAACCUUCUGUAUAUGAGAGACCAGACAUAUAUGCAAGUUCCCAGGGACAUGAAGCACGAAAUUCUUGAAAAACUUGCUGAGUGUAUGUACAGCUUCAAAGCAUAUCCCUCUGACGAAGAUUUCAAUGAUGUUGCAUCUUCACUAGUCAAAAAACAUCCAUGCCUCACUGAACCAGGUUCCUCCACUGGAUGGAAUGGCUGGAAGAACAGCCUCAAGUUUAAAAUGGGAAAUUACAGAACGAAGCUACGAAGAGCUGGAUGCACAGAUGUUCUUAUAAAUGUAGGGAAAAGGGGAGGCCAAGAUCCUUUGAGAAGUGUUAAAAGGCCUAAACAUUUUGAAAUUAAUUUUCUUCCCAAUUAUCCUGCUGGUGAGGAUGAGUGCAGCAUGGAAUCUAAACGCUUACAACUUGUGGAGGAAAUGAAAAAAUGUCAUCCAAGUUCCACCCUGAUAUCACAGAACAUGGAUUCCACUUUUUCCUUGAGGAGAAAGGAGAUUGUUGAGAUUGAGUCUCCAGUAAAAGAGACUCUUCAAAGAUGGCCAUCACUCUUCACAGAACGACAAGGGGCAGUUGGAAAAAAGCUUUCAGAGUUUCUUGAUCAAAUUAAGUUGAAGGGCACUGACAUCACUGCUAAUCGCACAGCAGUUCUUCGUGGACUUCCUCUCCUUCUUGGAGAAGAAACCUCUGACUUUUUCAAAGCAACAUUGGACUGUGAUUGUGACAUACCCCAGAUUUCCAUCGGGAUUCUGACUGUGAUAACAGAAGGCAGCCAGGAUUCUUCACAAGCACUGCAUUUAGAGAAUUCACACACCGCAAUUAUCCUUGAAGGAGCCAUUGUGAUGGACAAUAUUGAAAACCUCCCGGAUGCCAUGUGGCUACUUUUUGGGCUGAUAUAUGCGCUCAAUUUGGAGUACCCUCCACAGCUCAAGAACACCUUUGAUUUUAUUCAAAGAGUGUUUCUUUCUCUGGGACACAAAUCCCUGAAACCAAAACUACAGUCCCUUAAAAACAUGCUGCUCAUGUAAGUGAAGGCUUUUUCAGAUUGUUUUAAAGUGAUAGUCCGCCCAAAACUGAACGUUCUGUCAUUAUUUACACUCCCUCAUCUCUUUCCAAAACUGUAAGUGAAAGGGUCUAGUCUUAAAACAAGUCACAAAGACAUCUUGAUAAUCUUUUUGGAUCUUUUUUUAGUUUUGGUUACCUGGACUUUUAAUAGAGGGACAUAAACCGCUCAGGGUUAAUUUAAAAUAUUUGAGUUUCAAAGACUAUCCAAACUUACAGGUUUGGUAUGAGAUGUGGGAAGUA